GUGAGCGAUCCGCGCAGAAAGCACACACACAGACGAAGAGAGAGAGGGAAAGCAGUAGAGAGAGGAAGAGAGAGAACCGUUUGAGAAUUUUUGAGACGUUAUCGGAUUUCAAAUCCGCAAUUCGCCGGAAUUUGGGAGCCCGGUUGCGUCCGGGGGGCUACGCUAGGGUUUAUUUUUCUCUUUCUUCUUCUGCUUUCUUCUACUGAAAGUGCGUUUUUGGUGUUUCAAUUUCGGUUAUUUUGCGGUUUGGAAUUUUUGCGAUUGGGGAUGGAGGCGUGAAGUUGAGGUAGAAUUGGGGAAUUGAAGUUUGGGAUUUCGUUGUGGCCGUGGAGUGGUGAAUUGGAGGGUGGUGAUGUUUACGCCGCAGAGGGUGUGGUCGGGUUGGUCCCUCACGCCCAACAAGAGCGGGGCUCGGACUGGAACCGGGUCGGGUUCGGACCUCGAUUUGGUUCCGAAUUCGGUAGAUGGGGCAACUGCGAAGGGCAAAGGUGCCGCCUUUGUUGAGAAUGGGGGAAACUUGGAUCGCGAGGUUUUGGUUGAGAGAGUUUCCAGCCUCGAGAAAGAGCUUUAUGAGUACCAAUUCAAUAUGGGUCUUCUCUUGAUUGAGAAAAAAGAGUGGAACACCAAGUAUACUGAACUGAGUCAAGAUUUAUUAGGGCUGAAGGAUGCUCUAGAACGGGAAAAGGCAGCUCAUUUAAUUGCUUUAUCUGAGGCAGAGAAGCGAGAAGAGAAUCUGAGGAAGGCUUUGGGUGUUGAGAAAGAGUGUGUGCUUGAUCUUGAAAAGGCUGUGCGAGAAAUGCGGUCAGAGCAUGCAAAAAUUAAAUUUACGGCAGACUCAAAGUUGGCUGAAGCAAAUGCUUUAGUAGCUAGUGUUGAAGAAAAAUCAUUAGAAGUAGAAGCCAAGUUACGUUCUGCAGAUGCUAAACUUGCUGAAAUUAGCAGAAAGAGUUCAGAAUUUGACAGAAAAUCACAAGACCUUGAGGCUCAAGAAUCUGCACUUCGGAGGGAUCGGCUAUCCUUCAUUGCAGAGCAAGAAGCACAUGAGAGUACUUUGUUGAAGCAGAGAGAGGAUUUGCGUGAAUGGGAGAGAAAACUGCAGGAGGGAGAAGAGAGGCAGGCCAAAGGUCAAAGAUUUCUCAACGAAAGAGAGCAGAGGGCUAAUGAAAAUGACAGAAUAUGCAGACAGAAAGAGAAAGACCUUGAAGAGGCACAGAAGAACAUUGAUGCAGCAAAUAUAACAUUGAGAAAUAAAGAAGAUGAUGCAAACAGUAGACUUGCAAGUAUAACUCUAAAAGAGAAGGAAUGUGAUUCUUUGAGAAUAAACUUGGAUCUCAAAGAGGAGGAGUUAUCUGCAUGGGAGGAAAAGCUCAAUGCUAGAGAAAAAGUUGAGAUGCAGAAGCUUGUUGAUGAACACAAAGCUAUUCUUGAUGUGAAGAAGCAGGAAUUUGAGGUGGAGUUGGAUGAGAAAAGAAGAUCCUUUGAAGAUGCAUUGAAGAAUAAAUUGGUGGAAGUGGAAAAGAAAGAAGCUGAAAUCAAUCACAUGGAGGAGAAAGUUGCAAAACGGGAGCAGGCCUUAGAAAAGAAAGCUGAGAAGCUUAAAGAGAAAGAGAAAGAGUAUGAACAAAAGGUCAAAGCUCUGAAGGAAAAGGAGAAGUCUAUUAAGUCUGAGGAAAAAAGCCUGGAGACAGACAAAGGAAAAAUAGAAAGAGAGAGAGAGGAGUUGCUUAAUCUUAAGGCUGAAGUUGAGAAAAUAAAGGUUAACAAUGAAGAAGAGUUGGUGAGGAUAAGUGAAGAGAUAAACUGUCUUAAAGUGACUGAGGAAGAGAGGGCUGAAUAUCUGCACUUGCAGUCACAAUUGAAGCACGAAGUUGAUCAGUACAGGCUCCAGAAAGAGUUGCUUCUGAAGGAAGUUGAUGACCUGAGGCAACAGAAAGAGACUUUUGAAAGAGAAUGGGAUGAACUGGAUCUGAAAAGAGCAGAUGUUGAGAAAGAGCUGAAAAGCGUGAUUCAAAAGAAGGAAGAAAUAUUAAAACUUCAACAAUUUGAAGGAGAAAAGUUAAAGAAUGAGAAGCAGGCUACACAGGAGUUUGUACAAAGGGAGUUGGAAACUCUUAAGUUGGCUAAAGAAUCAUUUGCAGCAGAAAUGGAGUUGGAGAAGUCAGGCCUUGCUGCAAAAGCUGAAAGUGAGAGAAACCAAAUGCUUCUUGAUUUUGAGCUGCGGAAAAAGGAACUUGAAGCUGAUAUGCAGAUCCAGUUAGAGCAGAAGGAAAAAGACUUAAUUGAGAGAAGGAAGUCAUUUGAGGAAAAAAGAGAGAGUGAAUUAAGCAAUAUUAACUUCUUGAGAGAAGUAGCUAAUAGAGAAAUGGAUGAAAUGAAACUUCAAAGAAGUAAAUUAGAGAAGGAGAAACAGGAAGCUGAUGAGAAUAAAAACCAUCUUGAAAAGCAAAGGAUGGAAAUGCAAGAGGACAUAGAUGUACUUGUUGACCUUAAUAGGAAGCUGAAAAAUCAGCGGGAACAAUUUAUUGUUGAGAGGCAGCGCGUUAUUGAGUUUGUUGAAAAGCUUAGGAGUUGCCAGAACUGUGGAGAAAUGAUCUCUGAUUUUGUGCUGUCUGAUUUACAAUCCUCUGCUGACAUGGAGAAUUUAGAGGUGCCUUCACUUCCAAAAUUAACAGGUGAUAUUGUACAAGGAGGUUCUGACAUAAAUUUAGCUUCCUCAAGGCAAGAUGCUGGAGUGUCUGCUGCAACUGAUCCAAAGUCACCUGUUUCUGGUGGCACCAUCUCUUGGCUACGUAAAUGCACUACUAAGAUUUUUAAGAUUUCCCCCAUUAAAAAAUUUGAAUCUGAAGAUGUUGGUACUCUAAGAGAUGCCACGACUUUGCCUGUUGAGAAAACUCACUCGGAAGAUUCACCAGGAAGAAUUCCUGGUUCUGAAAAUGAAGCAGAGUUGUUGUUUGCUGUUGUAAAUGAUUCUUUUGAUGCUCAUAGGGUACAAUCUGGCAACGAUAUCACAGAGGUUGAAGGUGACCAUGAUCCAUCAAUUGAAAACCUGAGCAACAUUGACAAUAAGGCACCGGAAGAUUUACAGCCCCCUGAUUCGAAGGUUGGGCAGCAGAAAUCCCGCAAGGGAGGAGGAAGGAGCAGAGUAAAGCGUACGCACACUGUGAAAGCCGUUCUCAAAGAGGCUGAGGCAAUACUUGGGGAAUCAAAAGCUGCUGAAGCAUUACCUGGGGAAUCUGUGGAUGAUCGUCAGAUCGAGUUUCCAAAUGGAAAUGCUGAGGAUUCUGCCAAUGUGAAUUCUGAAAGUCAGAAACCAUGCAAUAAAAGAAUACCGGUGAAUGUUAGGAAGCGUAACCGAGUUCAAACAUCUCAAAUGACUGUAAGUGGGAAUGAUGGGGAUGCCAGUGAUGGACAUUCUGAUAGUAUACCAGGGCAGCGCAAAAGGAGGCGACAGAAGGCGGCUGCUCCUCCUGCACGAGUUGCUGGUGAAAGUAGAUAUAAUUUGAGGCGACCCAAAACCGGAGCAACAACUUCAUCUGUUAGAGCUGUGUCUGGUGGAGGCAAAGAAAGUGAGGGGGAGGUUAAUCGUUUAAAAGAUACAGAAGGAAUUGACUCAAAAGCUUCUCAUUCACAUUCUGUGGGCAUUACUAAUGAGAAUGGUGGAAGCAUACAUGUUGAGCAGGUAAGCUUGUCUCUGAAAGUUGUGGAGACUCAUGAUGGUUAUGGUGGUACCACAAGGACCUUUGCCAACAAUAUGGCCUUGAGUGAGGAGGUGAACGGAACAGCAGAUGAUGUGGAGGGGAACGAUGCUGAGUACCGGAGUGAAUCCCAUGGGGAUGUUGCUGAUGGCAUUGAUGAUGAGGACGACGAAGAUUACCAACAUCCCGGCGAAGCUUCCUUAGGGAAGAAACUUUGGAAUUUUUUUACUACAUAACUCUACACUAGCUUCUUGGUAAUGAAGCUUUGUUUGUGUCUUGACCUCUUGACUUCAUCAACUUUAGGGAUGAUGUCAGAAGUUAUCUUGUAUUAACAAUUGGAAGUAGAUGUAUGAAUUAUAACCACGGGGGUACUUAGGAGAGGUGAUUGAAUUUCUCUAGCUUUUUUAUGCACAUUUUCAUGGAUAUUUGGAACCUUUGGUAUUUGUUGAUAGCUUUAGGCAUUCGAUAGUGUAGUUGCUAAGUUUAGAGAUUGGAUUUUAGGUACCUCCUUUUUGCAAUUGAUUGUAUCCAAAUGUUUGUAUCUCUUCUACUCUUCUCCUAAAUGUGAUUGUUUGAACCUAAUGAGGGUGCUUUUGUACCCUAUUGUGUGAACUGUGGGUGGUAAUGUGUAUGCGACUUGGAGAAUUGUCUAUCGUG